GAGUCGUACAUUUUACAGGGACCUAUCAGCAAAAAUCAUAUUUCUACUUUCGAGUUUCUUAACAACGUUUAUUCUUCUAUUCACAGCGUUUUGGGCAUUAGGUUUCCAUUCAUACAGGGUGUUCAUUUAUCUGCAACCGAAUCAAUCAAUCGACGAUGUGGCACGAGGCUCGUCGGUCGGAACGGAAGGUCCAUGACAUGAUGGACGCGGCUCGGAAGAGGGCGCAGAGGCGAGCGGUGUAUCUAGCCAAGCGCCGCGGUGAUCCACAACAAUCCAUACAGGUCACAGGCUCUCGUUGUCGUGUCUAUCGUGACGAUGGCCUCUAUCAAGCCACCGAAGAUCAGCAAGGACUGAUCCCAUGGAAUGGGAAACAGGACGUUAUGAUAGACAGAUUUGAUGGUCGUGCUCUUCUUGAUUUUAUACGAGAUCCUGAUUCUAGACGUUUUCGUGUCACUGAGAAGACCGAAGAAGAAGAAGAAUUAGAAGAGUUUGUUAGUUUUGAGCGUUACCGGGAUUUAAUUAAGCAUCGACGUAGAGGAUUUAGCGACGAGGAAGGUCUACAUCAUGUUAACCAAGAAAUGGAGGCUAAAACUGCUGCUUUACUUGGAUUAGACAGGUCUAAAUCGGCCCAAGCUCCAGCAAACAAGGGUUCGUAUUCACAAGUGGGGUUUUCGUAUGAUGGGGAUGUGAAAGACGAAGAUUCUGAUGAUGACGACGACGACGAUGAUGAUGUGGAUGAAGAGGAAUUCAACAGUGAUGAUAGCAAUGAUGAAGGAAUGGAUGUAAUUGCGAAAGAAUUUGGAGUGAAGAGGUACGGAUGGCUUGUGUACAUGGAUAAAAAAGCCAAGGAAGAAGAAAGGAGACAAAAAGAAAUUGUGAAGGGAGAUCCUGCAAUUAGGAAACUGAGUCGUAAAGAAAGAAGAAAAGCUUCUCAAAUAGAAAGGGAAAGAGAGAGAGAAUCAGCACGGAUGUCUGGAAGUCGAGUGCUUCAUCAUGAUCCAUACAGAGAGUCUAGAAGAAGUCCAACAUACGAAGCUUAUUCACGCUCUAGAAGAUCUCGGUCUUACUCUCCAUCAAGUUCAAGGCGGCACGGUCGUGGUCAGUCUGACGAUAGUCACCGGAGUAAUCCAAGGGCACCAAAAAUAGAAUACAUCACAGAAUUCGGGGGCUCGGCGGAUGAUGACGGACCGAAGCUUGCUGGAUACACUCCGCCAUCAUCUCCUCCGUCCCAAGUUGGUGCAUUGAACCGGCCGUCGUCUGGUCAAAUUCUUGAAGCGUUGCAUAUCGAUCCUGCGUCUGGUGUAUCGGUUGACGGUGAAAGGAGUGCCAAAUUGUCAAAACCGUCUCCCGGAUCUUCCUCAGGAUUAGCAAAGUUAAGCAAGCCUUCGGGUAGUGGAAGCCUCGUUAAACAACAGAAGGAGAAAAAAGAAACACCUCAAGAGCGACUUAAGCGGAUUAUGAGCAAACAGCUAAAUAAGCAAAUCAAGAAAGAUACUGCUGCUGAAAUGGCUAAGAAAAGAGAACAAGAGAGGCAGAGGCUUGAGAAACUUGCAGAAACUAGCAGACUAAGCAGAUACAGGCACCGGAGCCGAAGCCGAAGCAGAAGUUAUAGUCGCUCGCCUCCAAGACGAUACAGGCGCAGUAGAAGUCCAAGUAGGGGCAGAAGUUCUAGAAGACGUAAUUCACGGUCCAGGUCCAGGUCCAGGUCUCGAUCUGUGACCCCUGUGCGGGCCCGCUCGCGUUCUAUCUCCCACUCACGGUCCCCAAGGGUGAGAAGCCGAUCCAAGUAUUAAUAGGGUGCUUUCAAGUUGCAUAAUGUGAUAUGAGCCGUGACAGAUUCUUUUAUGGCUUUUGUAUCAAGUGGUUAUUUCACAGCAAGACUUUUGUGUUAUUAUCUGCUGGAUGUGUUUUAUAACUUAAUUUCGUAUGGUUGCCGCUAUGUGACAUUAAAUUUGUAGUUAUGUAGGUGUGUAAACGAGCCUAGCUUAACUCGAGCUUGAGCUCGACUCGUUUAGAGCUUUAUUUUUUGAGUCUAGCUUGUUAUUAAUUAUUUAGCUA